AUGAGGAACGCACCACCGCCCUCGAAAAAGCGCAAGAUUCGGACUGUGACCGAAGAAAAAAUCGACUUCGACCCAGCUGCGCGCGAAGAAUACCUCACCGGCUUCCACAAACGCAAAGUCGCGCGGAGAAAGCACGCAGAAGAGGAAAAUGCUAAGAAAGAUAAGGAGGAGAAACUGAAGUUCAGGCGGGAGCUGCGACAACAGCGCAAAACCGACCUUGAGAAGCACGUCAGCGAGACGAACCGCCUCAUGCGCCUCGCAAACGGCGACAUCCCAAGCGAAGCCGAAGACUCGUCCUCGGACUCGGAUGCGGACCCCGCCGAAGCCACUUUCCACGGCUUCGACGACCCCAUAAACCAGGAAGACGAGUACAUCGACGAGGACAAGUACACAACCGUGACUGUCGAAACGGUGGGCAUAAACCGCACAGGCUUCAGUCGUCCGGGUGAGGAAGAGGCUGAACUGAAGAAGGAGCAGGAGGCAAGAGAGGAGAAAGAGCGCGAAGAGAAGAAGAAGAGGGUGUGGACCAAGGAGAAACCCAGGAGUGAUAGGCCAAAGAAGAAGAAGGUCAAGUUUAGGUACGAAACCAAGGCAGAGAGGAAGGUGGAGAGGAUGAAGCAGGGUAUGAAGAAGAAGAAGCUGGCCGAGAAGCGGAAGCCCAAGGAGUAG